AUGUUAGCAAAUUUAAUUUCUAUCCUUGAAGGAAUAUUACUUAUUGUUCCUGCUUUAAUAUCUGUUGCAUUUGUAACAAUAGCUGAAAGAAAAACUAUGGCUAGUAUGCAAAGAAGAGUAGGUCCUAAUGCUGUAGGUUAUUACGGUUUAUUACAAGCAUUUGCUGAUGCUUUAAAAUUAUUAUUAAAAGAAUAUGUUGCUCCAACACAAGCUAAUAUUGUUUUAUUUUUCCUUGGACCUAUUAUAACUUUAAUUUUUUCUUUAUUAGGUUAUCUUGUUGUACCUUUUGGACCUGGUUUAUUUGUUUCAGAUUUUGAUUUAGGUAUGUUAUAUAUGUUAGCUGUUUCUUCUUUAGCUACAUAUGGUAUCUUAUUAGCAGGUUCUUUAAGAAGUACAGCUCAAUUAAUUAGUUACGAAUUAAUAUUAAGUUCUGCUAUAUUAUUAGUUAUAUUAUUAACAGGUACCUUAAAUUUAAUUUCUAUUGUAGAGUCACAAAGAAUUAUACCUUUCUUAUAUCCAUUAUUUCCCUUAUUUUUAGUUUUUUUUAUAGGUUCUGUUGCUGAAACUAAUAGAGCUCCUUUUGAUUUAGCCGAAGCUGAAUCUGAACUAGUAAGUGGUUUUAUGACAGAACACUCUGCUGGAAUUUUUGUUUUCUUUUUCUUAGCUGAAUAUGCAAGUAUUGUUUUAAUUUGUAUAUUAAACAGUGUUUUAUUUUUAGGUGGUUACUCAAUUAGAGCUUCUUUCCCUAGAAUUCGUUUUGAUCAAUUAAUGUCAGUUUGUUGA